GGGGGAACGUGGUUGUAUACAAUAAUAUUUAUUUCACAGCAACUAUAUAUAGUCACAGAGAAUGUCAUUUUCUAAGUUGGUCUGUUGGUCUGCUACUUAAGGUGCCAACUUUGGUAUUUUAUUCCAUAUUCUUGCAACCAUAAUACAUUACUGCUAACACUCCCAUGGCUUCAAAGCCCCAUUUCCAAGCUAUUCUCUUCCUUCUCUCCCUGUCCUGUCUGUCUCUGGAAUCUUAUUCACUGAAUCUGGAGAGAGAAGCAGACUACCACAAAUGGAUAUCCUGGCAUGUCAAUAAUUUUCGGAAGAAGACUAGUUUGGAAGCAGAAUCAACAACUCGAGCGCCACCAGGAGGAAUUGGUAGCAAAUUAGUUCUUGAUACAAAGCUAAGGAAUGCUGAGAUGAACAAAGUAACAAUCAAUGUCAGUCAAGAUGGAGCGGGAAAUUUUAAGACCAUCAGAGAAGCCAUUGGCAGCAUUCCAUUGCACAACACCAGAAGAGUGAUAGUGUUCAUCAAACCAGGUGUUUACAGGGAAAAGAUUGCUGUGCCUAGAACAUUGCCAUUUGUGACAUUUAUAGGGGAAUCAAGUGGAAGUGAUCAGCCAACAAUUACAGGGAAUGACACAGCGUCGGUGACAGGAAUAGAUGGAAGGCCUCUGAAGACCUUCCAGAGUGCCACUGUUGCCAUUGAUGCCAAUUAUUUUGUGGCUGUCAACAUGAAGUUUGAGAACACAGCAGCGCAUGAGGAUGGAUUUGUAGGAGGGCAAGCAGUGGCGCUAAGGAUAUCAGGGACUAAGGCUGCAUUUUAUAACUGCAGUUUUUAUGGUGCUCAAGACACCCUUUAUGAUCACAAGGGCCUUCACUAUUUCAAUAAUUGCUUCAUCCAAGGCUCGGUUGAUUUCAUUUUUGGCUAUGGCCAGUCCCUUUAUGAGAAUUGCAACUUGAACUCAAUAGGAAAGAAGGUGACGUCUGUGACAGCUCAAAAGCGGACAAAUGCAACAUUGGAAAGUGGGUUUUCGUUCAAAGACAGUAAGGUAACAGGGACUAGGAGUGGAGGAGGAGGGGUUUACCUGGGAAGAGCAUGGGGCGACUAUUCUAGGGUUGUUUUCUCUUACUCCUACUUGGACACUAUUGUUCUCCCCCAAGGUUGGAGUGACUGGGGCGAUCCUACCCGCCAUUCGAGAGUGUAUUAUGGAGAAUACAAAUGCAGUGGACCGGGAGCUAAUUUCACUGGAAGAGUACCAUGGGCCCGGGUAUUGACAGACGAAGAAGCUCAGCCUUUCUUAGGGACUUAUUACAUCUCUGGUGACGCUUGGCUUAUUCGCCCUUAACCAAACACUAAUGUUCUAUAAUUCAUGUUCCCCUUAUUACUUUUACCAUCAAAGACCAAUAUUCAAUUCAUGUUCUCCUUACUACUGUUACCAUCAUUUGUAAGUUCAAUAAUUGGUCUUCAAAACUAAAUUUUAUUACAUGUAAGUUUUAU